AUGACUAUCACGACUCGAUCAAAGCGCAUAACAGCCUUUCAUUCUGACAGCUCCACACCAGCCACGGUCGCUCCAGGAUCGUAUGCCCCCGAGCAAUUUUUUACAUGUUUUGGUCCUCAUGCACAUCGUCCGCAUUUUUCAAGCUUUGCCACAUCCGAAAGACUCAACCUAAACGUACAUAAGACAACAUCAGCCAUCACUCCUGGUCCGGGGGCAUAUACUUUUGAUACUUGCCAUCAACACGAAUCAACACCUUCGAACGUCUUCGCUAGCAAGAUCUCUCGCUUUGCUCCGAGUGCUCCGGGAUCGACAGCUUUUCGUGCAUCUAGCAUUCAAGACAAUCCAGGUCCUGGAACCUAUUUGCAUUCAGACCCAUCAUCACCUUCAAGUAAUCAGCGAGAGCACCAAAGGCCCCACAACUUUGCACAUCUGGUCAAACCGUCGGUGCCAGCAAUUCCGCAGCGACAGCAGAGUUACGGCUACGUGCUCGUAGGCGCCGACCUCCAACGGCAAGAUUUGCCAAACUUAAUGUAUUCUGGUGUCGGGCAGGAUACGGUUGGGCCAGCUGCAUACAACAGUCACACCUCCAUGUGGAAUGACAAGAAGAGCUGUGCUUCGUCACUAAAAUCAACCACGAAACGCGACGUCUGGGAGGAGAAUAACAAGCUCAUAGAGCUUCCAGGCCCUGGUCACUACGACACUGAAACUACACCGACAUUUUGGGUUUCAGAUGGUCAGCGACCGCGAAUCGGUGCAAGGCGCAGUCGGCAGCAAAGGGCUCGACACAGUGCUAGAAUUUUAUCCAAGGUACCUAUUCUCACUCAAAACAAGCCUGUUGGAGGAUCCGACCUCGACCGAGAGCAAGAUAUUCAAUUAAAAGAAGAGCGCAUUGAACGAUGUCGUCAGGAAAAGUCUAGAAUUGUAGGAUUUCGCUCAAAGACGAAGGCAUUCGGCUCAACAACGGGUCGAACUGAUGUUAUGUCGCACAUCAGUACUCCUUUUCGCAACCCGACUAAUGCAUCAACACCAGGUCCAGGCAUGUACAUCGCUGAUCGGACAUAUGGCUCAUCAGACCAACUAGGAAGGAAUACAAGCGGAGCUUCUAUUCUGCAUCACCGGCCCGAUGCACCAGGGCCUGGUACAUACAAGUGCGAGACCCCACGGUCCCUUAAUCAAACGGUUAAACUAAAAUUAGGCAUCGGUCGAAAUGGAGUCUUUGGAACGACAUCAGAACGAAAGAUUUGGGGUGAGGAGGCCUGCACCCCAGGUCCUGUCAGGUUUACAAAGAAUGCAUCGCUUCUUGCCCCACCACAUAUUCAUUGUGUUGGCGACCACGUCUCACCUGCUGUCGGACAAUACAACGUUUCGACGAACUUAUUUAAUGUCACUCUGAAUCGGCCAGAUAAAGUGGAUGUUACGAGUCUUCAGACCCCACGCGCACCGUUUCUAUCAACGCAAAGGCGUUCCGUUUAUGAGACCAAAUAUGCCUCCAAUUCGCCAGGUCCUGGGGCGUACUUAGACAUCUGCGACAAAGAUGGAAUGAUGUUUACAAGAUCAAGAAAUGCCUGCUUCACAUUGGGAAACGAAGCUCGUUUUCGCAUUAAGCCGUCGGUCCCAGCUAUUGUUGGCCCUGGGACAUAUUCCAUUGCGGGAACUGUCGGCACUAAAAGCUUUAAUGUGACAAUGAGUCAAAAGGAUCAGUUCCCGAAAGUUCCCAACCGAAGAAUUGUAUAG